GUUGAUCUCUGCCAUAACCUGAGGUUUUGUAACUACUGAAACGGCGCACUAUGCUCCUAAGAACUUUGAUAAGAUAUAAGCAUGCCCAAGAACGCUGUGCGAUGGUUUUAUUUGGGAGAAACCGCUCCGAUUUUGUGUCCUGCCCCCCCAUCGUGACAUAUUUGAUCACUCGCCAGCAGACGACACAAACGCCAGACACAGCUGAACUUCUUCAGAACGAACUUUCCAAGUUUUCUUACCUUCACUGCCACGUUCCUGAGGUUGUGCAGGUUUGUCAGAGAGACAUGUUGGUUCACGAGAACUUUAUCACAGAGGAGGAGGAACAAAUACUGUUCGAGGAGGUGGAGCCGAAAUUGAAAAGACAUCUCAGAUAUGAAUACGACCAUUGGGACGAUGCCAUCCAUGGGUACAAAGAGAUCGAGCGAUCUGAUUGGUCGGAGCAGAGCCAGCCGAUCCUCCAGCGUGUGCGGAGACUAGCGUUCCCUCCAGGUGUCCCGCAGCUGCACCUGGUUCACGUGCUGGACUUGGCGAAGGACGGCUGGAUCAAACCACACGUCGACAGUGUCAAGUUUGCAGGUAACGCCAUAGCCGGCCUGAGUCUGUUGUCUCCUUGUGUGAUGAGACUAGUGCAUAACGACAACAAGGCCUGGGUGGCAGACGUGCUACUCAAACCUCGCUCACUGUAUAUCAUGAGGGAUGCCAUCCGCUAUGAUUAUACCCACGAGAUCCUGAAGAUAGAAGAGUCCAAGUUCCGUGGAGAGGAGGUACCAAGGAACAGACGCAUCUCUGUAAUCUGCAGAAACGAACCACCUACGUCGACAACAGACUGAAGAAAUUUGACAAAACUUUACCUCUGUAAAUUUCAACAUUUAGAACUGAAAGUUCUUCCCCAAUAUCAGGCCUAAAAAUAGUAAUAAUGCUAAAAUGGAUGUCAGAUUGAAGUGUAGCUGUGAUGUCUUCA